AUGAGUCUUGCCCAGAGGCCGUGGGUCACACUGUGCUUGUUGCUUUGCGCCUUGGCCAUUGUAUCUGGGUCAGGAUCUGGCAUCCGUUACCGCUACCACAGGAAGAACUGCUACUCGUGUUUUGUAUCCUACAGCAACCACCGCGUGGAGCAGGCUCCAGAUGUGGAUGAAUGCCAAGUCCAUAAUGGAGGUUGUCAGCACAAGUGCAUAAAUACUCAGGAAUCGCAUUACUGCGAGUGUAAAUCAGGCUUCCGACUUCACACUGAUGGGCGUACCUGUAUUGGUAUCAACUCAUGCUCAAUUGGUAAUGGAGGCUGUGAUCACGAUUGUGUUCAACUGUCGAUUGCUCACUACCAGUGUAGGUGUCGAAACAACUAUCAGCUGAAGGAGAAUGGAAAGCAUUGUGAAUUGAAGAAUCCAUGUAUAGAUAAGAAUGGCGGCUGUAUGCAUAAGUGCCGCAACCACCGUGGAGUUGCCAAGUGUGAGUGUCACCCAGGAUACGGAUUGGCUAAUGACACCAAAGGUUGCGAAGAUACUGAUGAGUGCAUGAUUGGAUUAGCUGAAUGUUCGCAUGGAUGUCUCAACACACGUGGAUCCUUUUCCUGUGUCUGUAACGCAGGCUAUGAGCUGGGUGCGGAUGGGAAGCAGUGCUACCGGAUCGAGAUGGAGAUUGUCAACAGUUGUGAAUCAAACAACGGAGGAUGUUCCCAUCACUGUCGCCACACAACCAGCGGUCCGCUAUGUAGCUGUAAUCAAGGCUUUCAAUUGGAUGCUGAUCAGAAGACAUGUGUAGAUGUGGAUGAGUGUGACGCUGGUGCUGGCUGCUGUCAACAGGACUGUUUCAACACCCCUGGUGGAUACGAGUGCGGUUGUCAUGCAGGCUAUCGGCUCAGUCUGGAUGGCUGCACCUGUGAUGAUGUUGAUGAAUGCACUGCGGAAGAUGACAUCUGUGAGCACACCUGCCAGAACACAGCUGGAUCCUUCCAGUGCUUCUGCGACAUAGGACACAAGCUGGAGGAGGAUCGAAAGAGCUGUGCACUUCUGGAAGACCCAGUAGAGGCGCUGAACGGCCGGCCUGGUUUUGGAAGACUCAUUCCUGAGGUGACAUUCUACCAUGGCGAAGAGUUAACCCAAUUGUUUGAUGAUGAGAAUGAAGAAGGCGGGGAGGAGGAAGCGCGAGGGGAAUUCACCCUGUCACAAAGCUUUGUGUGCUGGGACGGUACCUUUGGACAUGACUGCAGCUUGACUUGUGAGGACUGUAAGAAUGGUGGAAUUUGCAAUGAGUCUCGAGAUGGAUGUGUUUGCCCAGAGGGCUGGACCGGGGUCUUGUGUAAUCAGACUUGCCCGGAGGGGACAUUUGGCAAAAACUGCAGCUUCCUGUGCAAGUGUAAGAACGGAGCAACGUGCGAUCCACUGACUGGGAAAUGCCGCUGCCCUCCGGGAGUCAGUGGUGAGAUGUGUGAGGAUGGCUGCCCCAAGGGAUUGUAUGGGAAAACCUGCAACAAGAAAUGCAACUGUGCCAACAAUGGACGCUGCCACCGCAUCUAUGGUGCCUGUCUCUGUGAUCCCGGCCUCUAUGGGCGCUUCUGCCACCUACCAUGUCCAAAGUGGACACACGGGCCUGGCUGUUCGAAUGAGUGCCGAUGUGAACAGCGCAACACACUGGAAUGCAACCGCAAAGAUGGAAGCUGCACUUGCAAACCCGGUUAUCAUGGUGACACUUGCCAUAAAGCUUGUGAUCAUGGCUUUUAUGGAGUUGGAUGCAACACCAAGUGUAGCUGCUCAGUUGGUGUUUUGUGUGACCAUGUGACUGGCGAGUGCGAGAUUCUAUGUCCUAAGGGAUAUCACGGAAGGAACUGUAGUCAAGAAUGUGCCACCAACAAGUUUGGAGUGAACUGUCUGCAGACAUGUAACUGCGGAGGAGCCCCAUGUGACAGUGUAACCGGACAAUGCAGCUGCCCAGCUGGAAAAAUGGGCCCUGGCUGCAAGAAAGAGUGCCAAGCGGGCCACUGGGGCCUUGCCUGCAAGGGGACCUGCCCCAUCUGUGAGAAUAAUGGGACCUGCAAUAAGAAGACUGGGCUGUGUACCUGUCCACCAGGAUUCAUGGGGAAACUGUGUCAGAACACAUGCCCCACAGGCCAAUAUGGUCCUGGGUGUCAGAUGCGAUGUGCUUGUGAGAACGAGGGUCAGUGCCAUCCAGUGACGGGGCGUUGCACAUGUCCUCCAGGAUGGACCGGCCAUAACUGCAGGAGAGCCUGUGAUGAUGGUCAGUGGGGUCCAGACUGUAUGAACAUCUGUGACUGCAGGAACAGUGAUGGGAGCUGCAACAGCAUCACAGGACAAUGCAUCUGUGAGGCAGGUUUUACCGCUCAACGCUGUGAUCAGAAGUGCCCUGAAGGUAAUUAUGGAGCAGGCUGCCGAUACAGGUGUCAGUGUGAGAAUGGAGCUCUUUGUGAUCAUGUCAGUGGAGCCUGUAAUUGUACAGCAGGUUGGCUCGGAAUGUACUGUGAACGAGCUUGCCCAGAUGGGUUUUAUGGCAUAGAGUGUCGUCAGAUGUGUGACUGCCACAACGGUGGAUACUGUAAUCAUGUGACAGGAUCCUGCUCGUGUCUCCCUGGGUGGAUUGGACUGAGCUGCAAUCAGUCAUGCCAGGGGCAAUCAUUCGGAGAGAACUGCAGCCAGUCUUGUCAUUGCGAAAACGGUGCCCGCUGUGAUCAUGUGACCGGUCAGUGCAGCUGUGCUCCUGGCUGGAUGGGAGCCACAUGCCAGAAAGCAUGUUUGGCUGGUUUCUAUGGCACCGGCUGCUUGCAAAGAUGCAUCUGUCGAAAUGGUGGAACAUGCGAUCAUGUGACUGGUCACUGCACAUGCCUAGAAGGAUGGACAGGAGUGGCAUGCGAGCUGGAGUGUACCCCAGGAAAGUAUGGGCUGGACUGCCAACAGCUGUGUGACUGCCUGAACGGGGGACUGUGCGAUCGGCAGAGUGGGCACUGUACCUGUCGGCCAGGAUGGAUAGGUGACAAAUGUGAAAUUUCUUGCCCCAAGGGUACCUAUGGAGAGCGCUGUGAGGAACAUUGCAGCUGUGAGCACGGAUCGUCAUGUCAUCAUGCGACAGGAAGCUGCCAAUGCACCAAGGGAUGGAGAGGGAGAUGGUGUGAGAAAGCUUGCUGGCCUGGUUACUAUGGUGACAACUGUGUGCAACGGUGUAACUGUUCCCCCAACACUCCCUGUAACCAUGUAACGGGUGAAUGCGGCUGCCCUCCAGGGUUUAUGGGCAAUGGGUGCGAGCAGACCUGCCUGCCUGGUACUUAUGGACAGAACUGUAACCAGGUGUGCCAAUGUUCUGCUCAAAACCAGCUAUGCCACCCAGUGAGUGGGGAAUGUGUCUGUGCUCCUGGUUACCACGGAGACAGCUGUAACCUGAAAUGUCCAGAUGGGAGAUAUGGAUCCAGCUGCGUCCGAUCAUGUCGUUGUUUGAAUGGAGGCCGGUGUGAGACAGUGACCGGGACAUGUGCCUGUCCACCUGGGUAUGUCGGAGCUGACUGUAAUCAGACCUGUCCCGCUGGUCACUAUGGCAUGGACUGCGCCGUGGCCUGUUCCUGUGGAGAAGGUGCAAAGUGUGACCACGUGACUGGAAGAUGCAUCUGCCCACCAGGCAGGACUGGUUUUCAAUGCCAGCAUGUGUGCCCUAAAGGCAGGUUUGGUGAGGGAUGCCAGUACACCUGCACAUGCAGGAAUGGAGGAUUGUGCAACUCGGUCAAUGGCUCCUGUUCCUGUGGUCUGGGCUGGACAGGACCCCUAUGUGGACAAGAAUGCCCCGGUGGGAAAUUCGGUGCUAACUGCCAGCUGGACUGUGCCUGCCAAAAUAAUGGAACCUGCAGCCGUGUGACUGGGUACUGUCAGUGUGCGAGAGGGUAUUAUGGGCACAACUGUGAGCACGUCUGCCCGUCUGGUUUUCACGGAUCGAACUGUCAGCAUUUGUGUGACUGCGGAAAUGGAGCAUGUGAUCCUGUGACUGGGCAGUGCCUGUGUUCAGCUGGUUACCAUGGAGACUACUGUGAAAAAGAAUGCGAGGAGGGACAACACGGGGAGCAGUGCCAGCAGCUGUGUGACUGUGAGGGAGGUGUGCCUUGUGAACCCGCAACAGGGCAGUGCCUCUGUCCCCCAGGGAAGACUGGCACUAGGUGCGAUGUUGAUUGCCAAGCCAAUCACUACGGACCCGGCUGCUCCUUGAGCUGCAGGUGCUCCAAUAACGCUCGCUGUGAUUCUCGGAACGGACACUGUACCUGCCUGUAUGGUUGGACUGGGCCUACCUGCGAGGAAGGAGGGCCUCCCAAGCCACCGCACCACUUGUGACCUGCACCCUGGGGAAAUGUGGCAUCGGACACAGCAUCAUGGUUAUAGUCACUUAAGCGAGCGUGAAGCCAGUCCUCAGUCUGACCAGUGCCAAUGAGACUGCUUCUGCACGUUAUACCCCCCUGCCCAUCAAAGCAACCUUUCAGAGACACCGCUGAAAGCAAAAUCAUGAGAAGGCGAAACCACAAACGAAGAUCUGGAGGAAUGGAAGUGAGCCCCUGCUGUUAUUCUGAACAUCGAUAUUUUACUAAAAAGUGGAAAUACUGACAGAUUUUAGGAUCCAGCCUCCCACUGGGCUCAAGAUCCAGGCAGCGAAGCAGGAUAUUCAAACCCACAGCUUUUGCCCCUUGUCAGACAGCGAGCGUCUGAAUUCCUGAACAAUGAACAAGCUCAAACUCUAUGGGUGUUGAAAACGUUUUUGAUACCUUAAAGACUGCUCUUUUUCAUAUAUACAUAUAUUUUAUUUUUAUAAACCAAAUCCCAGGAAGGCAAGAUUAAUAGAGAUUGCAGCCCUGAGAUCUAGUUUGGCAAGACAGUGAAUAUUAAUCCUGGUACCUAAGCAACACAAUAUUUGACCAAGAAAGUUAAACAUCUAACCUCCCAUCAGGGCAUGGUGCAGUGACCAAUUUGUGUCUUUUCAACAUAAGGUGGGCAUUUGCAAUCUGAUACCGAUGGUUCUCGUUCACUACAACGUAGCCACAACGCAGGACCUCAGGAGCAGAUAUUGAGGAUUAAGGAACUGAACAUGCUCCCCACCACAGUGUAAAUUAUGAGCGUUAGCCUUUGCACAAGAUUCACAGGAAGAAGGUUGGCAAGCUAAAUGGAAUGGGAAUAGUGUUGAGAGAAUGUGCCCUGGACAUGGGCUCCCUAUUACAGUCUGAUUCAUCUGCCUAGUCAAGGCUGACUCCAUCCUCAGUGUUAGUCAGUCUGCCUUGCCUCCCAUCAAUGCGCAUCCUUGCUUCCCUUAACCAGAAUAUGGCAGACUGGGACCUGUUGAUCGAUCUCUGCCCUGCACAGCUUGUUGGAGAUUAUAUGGUUUGGACAGAACCACAACAGAAUGGGUUGAAUCAAGUCUUGUCAAAAAGACAAGUUUGAUAAGCUACCAACUGGUUGAAAAUCAAACUUCCUGCCAUAUGCAUUUUGCAUGAUUUCCAAAAAGCAUUCGAUAAGGUGCCUAUAAAAGGUUGCUAUACAAAAUAAGGGUUUGUGACAUUGGAGAUAAUAUAUUAGCAUGAAAAGAGGAUUGGUUAACAGACAGAAAGCAGAGAGUAGGGAUGAACAGGGCAUUUUCAAGUUGGCAGUCUAUUACUGGUUAGCUGCUGCAAGGAUCAGUUCUGGGGCCUCAGCUGUUUACAAUCUAUAUUAAUGACUUGGAUACAUUACUCUUGGCCCCUUCAUCUAAGUUUGCUGAUGAUAGCAAGCUAGGUGGGACAGCAAUCUGUGAAGAGGACACAAAGAGGCUGCAAAGAGUUAUAGACAGGCUAACUGAAUAGCCAAGAAGAUGGCAAAUGGAGUAUAAUGUGGGAAGAUGUGAGAUUAUUCACUGUGAUAGGAAGAACAGAAAAAUCAGAAUUUUUUUUUUA